UCGCGCGUGACAGUAAGAAUUAAGAAGGACGGCCUGUUCCAUCGACUAGAUCAGCUGCAGAUACUUUCGUUAUCGACCUACAUAAGUAGCACAGGCGCGUUAAAAAACGCGCUAGAGACAGAUCACAGAGCGAGAGAGAGGCUAUGCAAAUAGAUUAGAAACAGCGAGACGAAUCCGCAUCAUCUGGGGACUUUGAUUUCGAAGUGAGAGUGCGCCUUCGCAAGAAGUUAGAAAUAGUCACAAGUCCCGAGCGAGAGAGAGAGAGAGAGAGAGAGAGAGAGAGAGAGAGAGAGAGAGAGAGAAGGAAGUUCGAACAGCUGCGGCUCGCAGCUGGUAUACUGGACAUAUAUACCUCUGGCUGGGCUGAAGAUAGCUUAUAUCUAUAUAUACCUACCACAGUGGGCGCUUGAGGAGCAUGCUCGUGUAAAAAUCAGCAGCUCGGGUGUGUACUCGGGGGAAAGAAAGAGCGAGAAAACGGAACAAAGUGCAGCGGCAGUACACGCGUGUGCAGUGGGGGACGAAGAGAGAGAGAGAGAGAGAGAGAGAGAGAGAGAGAGGGAGGGAGCAGAAUAGUAGAGAAGAGAGCGCGCGAGAGUUCUCGUACCGUAUGUAUGCACGCCACUGCUCGUGCUCACUGCGUAUUAGUCAUAUUUCAGCUGUUGACGACUCGCGCGCGCUCCCCCUUCUGUGCAGCCCUUUUCUGUUGUGUAUGUGUGUGCAGUGUGCACAAUUGUCUUAUGUAAAAUGCAGCUACUACGAGGAUGAUCGUCGUGCACUGAUGCAUUUAAAUGGACUGAUGCCUACUGGCAAGACUGGCAGCAGCAGCAGCAGCAACAAGAACCAAGUGCGUGUGUUUGCGUAGAGCAGCGUACAGCAUAAUCUCGUCAACAUUAGGACGCAGCACGAAAACGACGUGAUGAGCAGACUGUACGCGUUUGUGGUGGACGAGUUCUUCGCCGUUGAUCCGUGACCAUAAACAACGGAGGAGCUAGCUCUAGCCUCUGACGCGGCUGCACGUUCUUUGUUUGGUUGGAAAAUCGAUUCUUCCAGUAGCAGCAGGAUGUAUGCCUUCAAGCCCUUUGUUUUUACUAAGCACGAUGUGCAAAGCCUUGAGAAGCCCAAAGCUCGCAGCGGUCACAGGGUUGUCUGUGAUGAGAGGAACCUCUACUCGUACGGUGGCUUCAACCCCAACAUCGAUCGCAAUGACCCAGACAUGCAGAAUGACCAAAGCUGGACAGCCAGCAGACCGCUCUUCAAAGAGCUCUGGAAGUUCAACUUUGCCACCAAGUGCUGGAGGCGACUACCCUGCCAGAAGAUGAUGCCCAACGAGCUGGCAUCGAAUGCGGUUGUGCUUAGAGGGGGAAACCUAGUGAUUCACGGUGGCACUGGGGUUCCCUUUGGUGAAAACUGCAAUAACAAUGUGUACAUAUGCAACGUGAACGAUGGUGAGAUGCAUAUUAUUCCUGCAAGCGGUGAGCUGCCAGAUCCGCAAUAUGGACAGGCUGUGAUCUGUCAUGGACAUUAUUUAUAUACUGUUGGUGGCACAACUGGUUUGGAAUAUACGUGCGACAUUCACAGAUUUGACCUGAAAAAUCAAGUGUGGGAAUCGGUUUACAUAUGUGCUGGCAGAGAUCAGUGUGAACCCAAGGGCAGAUACAGACAUGAACUGGCAUUUGAUGGGAGAGUCAUUUACGUAUUAGGCGGUGGUACUGCAUCGGAAGCUUUCGGCUUUGCGGAAAUCCCUGCUUUUGACACAUUUGCUAACAAAUGGAUGACUUUGUGCGCUCAAGGCGACAACAAAGAGAAGACUUUUCCUGCUGCGCGGCGAUGCCAUGGCUUGGUUCAGUAUGUUGAUGAAAGGACUAACUCGACACUGGUUGUCAUAUCUGGAGGAUACAAUGGUACACAAGUUUUUAAUGAUAUCUGGAGGCUAGACUUGAGUAUUCUCCAGUGGACCUGUUUGACAAUGUGCGCAUUACCUCAACCAACAUAUUUUCACUCUACCACUCUUACUCCAGCGGGUCAAAUGUUUACAUUUGGUGGAAUAGUUAAAGAAGACAAUGAAGUGGCAAGAACAGAUGAAACUCAUUCAGUAUGGCUGACUAUACCAAAACUUUCAGAAAUUUGUUGGGAAGCACUGAAUUUUUAUCAUCCAGAUUUAAAGAAAAAACGACAAGAAGAUCUGCUACAUAUUGGUGUACCUUUAAAAUUUAUUCAAAGGUUUGACACCUCAUAAUGAUUAUUUUAUUUAGUUGAAUCUACAUUUUUAGGGUGCUAUAAAUUUACUUGUUACCAGUUAAUAUUGAAAGGAAUAUGAUUGUUAUAUGUGAAUGAGAAAUUUUACUUAUAUUUUUGUAUGCCUUAAUAUAUACAUUGUGAUCAAAGGUCAAUGAUGUUAGUGAUAUUGAUUGAUAUGGUUCUCAAAAAAGUAAACAAAACAGAGAACAAAAAUCAGUUUGCAUACCGCUGGAUGUGAGCAUACUUAUUUUUACACACAAAUUUUAGUGACAAAUUAUAACAAUUCAAAUCAUGCUAACAAUUCUUACUUAUGUUAAUUAAUUAAUUAAAUUUACUGUAACGAUUUUUGUUAUAACCAAAUCUUUAAUAGUAUUUGGAAAUACCUCAAUUAUAAUAUUAUUUUUUAAAGUAUAAAUUUUCAAAUAAUCAUGUGUGCGUUAAGUAUAACAUAUUAGGUUUAUUAUAUUAUGAAAGACAAUAUUUUUAACUUUAUUUUAUAUUUAAAGAUUAUUUUUUAUAAUCUAUGCCACAGUAUAAGAAAAAAAUACCAUGUAAGAACACAUAAUUGAUAAUUAUAACAACUGUAUAUCAUUUUUGAUAAGAUGAAUUAAAUGAAAAAAACUAUGUCAUCAAGGUAUUCAUUAAUAGCAUUCAAGUAAUUAAUUAUAAUUUGGAAUACUUACUAUUUUCUGAAAUACUAGCAAAAAUCGUCUAAUUUAUCGAAACUCCAAAUAUUGUCAUAAUGACAUUAUGUAAUGAUAUGACUUUGGAUAUCUAUUUUUUACGUCUUUAUCAUCGCAACUUGUUAAAUCUACUACAAUUUUCAAUGUUCAACUUAUUUCAAAAGAAUUAUAGGACUCAUGUACGUAUGUACUUAAACUAAAAUUUGAUUACUAAAUUUGAAUUUCAAAUCCUAGGGUAAAUGAAUCUUUCAAAAACUAUGUUUUCUUACAUUGUGGUAUUAAACUAAAAUUAAUAAAGAAUGCAAUCUUAAAUUAUAGAGGCUAAUCAUCAUUUGACUUAUUAUGAAAACAAAUUAAAUCUUAAAAUUAAUAUGUAAGUAUACUCAAAUUAUUGUAAAUGCUGAAAAAAUUUAAUGCUUUAAAAAAUAAAUUUUUAUUUGCAAAUCAUCACUUGAAAUAAAUAAAACGUUAUUGGCCAAAAACUCAAAGAAAAUUUCUAAAAUAAUUUAGGAUUUUCCAAUUUUAUUUUUGAUCACCGAACUUAAAUAAAAUUGUAAAAAUUAGAUCAUUUUAAUUAACUAAAAACGUGUAUUUGAAAUAUAAAAUCUUAUUAAAGCGUUUAUAAAUGUAAUCUACAAUUUUUUUAUUCAUCUUUAAAAUUAUAAAUAUUGAUAUAUUUAUUAUAGAACGAUCAGUAAAAGAAAAAAUCAAUUGUAUUGCCUACAAGUUUCUUUGCAUUAACAGUAAUUUAGUAUUUUUAUAAAAAGAACAUUUUUUUUAAUGACCAGAUUUGACAAAAAAAAAAAUGUAAAAAGGAAGGAAACAAUAUAUGUUUAUUCAUAGCUCCUAGCAAACUGAACUGUGAAAUAAUGGACGAAUUUUAUUUUUAUAUCCGGAAAUGUAUAAAUUAAAUUGAUUUUAUUAUAUACACUUGUUUAUUUAUCCAAUAUAACAGUGUUAAUCAAUUUUAAAAAUUUAUUUGAUAAAUGAAAACACUAAUUCGAUUAUAAAAAAUUGAUAUAAACAUUUAAACGUUAAAAAAAAAUUAUGUAAAUUCGUUUAUUGUAGAAUAAAAGUGAGAAUCAUUAAUUUAUAUAACUAUAAAUACAUACAUAUAAACUUAUAUUGAAUUAUUUAAUUUAUAUACUAUAGGCAUAUACUAAACGUUUCAGGAUGGCUUAGGUGUCUGUACACAAGUCUUAUAAUAAGUGCGUGUAUUCUUAUUAGCGCUUCUAUAUAAAUGGAUGUUUGGCGACUCAUCUGAAUGGCAUAUUUUUAGCGCAGUACAUCUUAUUGACAAUCGAAUUAGAUGCAAUUUAUAUUGGUUUUACAGAUUGAAAAUAAAGGAAAGUUUUAUCCUAGAUAACUUGUAUCAAAUGAAUGAAAGCGGACAAAAUAAAGCCUUUGCCUGUUAAUUUACAUUUUUUAACUGCAUAUCUUGUUUUUCUUUUCAAUUUCAAACAUUGUUAAAGUUUUAAUCGUUUUAUAGAUAUAAAAAUGCAAAAAAAAAACCAUUUAUUACAACAAUAUAGUGCGUGUACCGCGGUUUAAGUGGAUUUUUUGACAGUCUAUAUGGUUACAGUAUAUAUUCGUACUGUCAACUCUGCACUAAGUCUAAAACAAUCCACUUUACGUCCUCGGUACACAAUACACUCCAUCUAAAUCUCAAAAGUUUGAAUUUGAACUAUGUAUUUUAUAACAUACAAUAAUAUUAAAGUAGUUCUAAGUAAAUAGACAACAGAUAUGGUUAAUUUAUAUUUUGGGAUAUUGAAUACUUCUUAAAGCAAACUAAAGUUUGAAGGAAACGAUUGUCAAUAUUUUGUGGAAAAUUUAUACAUGAAUUUUAUGGGAUAGCUGUUAAACAUUGCAAAAUUAGAGUAAUUCUAUAAAUAUUUCAAAUCUUAUGAGAGUUAUUGCAAAUAAAUUAAAACAUUAAAUCAAAUGCUUUAACUAUCACUAUCUGUAAGUAUCUGUCUUUUUCCAAAUUUAUUAAAAAUAUUUAAUUUCGUUUCACGUAAUCCUUGAGAAAAAAAAACAGAUUAUUUUCAUAAGUUGCUAUCUGUUAAGCAUCUUUUUAUAAAAUAUAAAUCUGGAACUUAAUUUGAGGCAAACAAGAUGUCUUUUUUUAAAUGGGAAAAAUUACAUUUUGUAUCUUGAAAUAAGCUCUAUUCCACUUUUCGUGUAAAAAUAACAAAAAUUGUCAACCUACAUGGGUCCAUUUUUAAAAUUCUGUGCGAGUCCAUACAAGACGAUCGCAUUUGAUCGUUUAUUUCAUUCAAUUUAUUGAAUAUACACAUUCUAGAAUAUUUGUACUACCUUGCGAACAUUUUUUUAUAAUUUAGCGCGAAACCAUAAUUACGAUGCCAAUUAUCUAAUACCGUUUAAUUGUUUACGUUCUAAAGUGUGUUUUCUAUUGAUACCAUGCACGACAAUUAAAAAUGUGUUCCAUAAUAAACGUAAAUGGCAGUAUUAAAAUUACAUCGAAAAGUGGACUUAUUAUGUUUUGCCUCGAAUCCACAAUAUUGUUAUAAAACGCGUUAUACAUAUAUGCUUCGUAGUAAAGGAUGUUAAAUAUAUUGCUGAUAUUUAAUAUAUACGAAUUUUAUUGUUUUGCCGCUUUCUCCGAACAUAAAAUUCACUAUGUAAGAAUAGCUAUUGUACAUAGGAAAUAUUUUGAACCUCUAUAAUAGAGAUCAGCUCGAGCUAAGAGAAUACAAUAUAAUAUGAUGAAUUUAUAUUAAUUCAAAAUAUUAAAGUAAUUUGUUCAUCUCAGCUUUAAGCAAUAAUAAUUGUUGAUGCCGUCGAAAAAAGCUAUAAUGCAUCAGUAGCGUAUAUAUGUAUUUAUCGUCUAAAUAAUUAUAAUCUGCAGUUCUGCCUUAAACAAAAGUGAAAAUCCAAAUGAAGCUCAAAUUGUUAGAUAGCAAAACGAUCUUGAAACAUUGAUUCUUAGUAGGCGCAAUAAAAGCUACGAGUAUACUUACUUAUACUGGUUUGCAAUAAUGCUCCCGAGUGCUUUGAUUCGUCUUUUAUUCAACGUCAUUGUGUAAUGCGAUUCGCAUGAACGAAAUGAUACGAAUGUGUUUUAGUUAGAAUUCAGAGAAUCGUCGAAUUGUAAAUAAUAAUUACUUAUAACAGCAGAGUAAUAACACCGACAGUUAAAUGCAAUUUUAUAUGUUUAAUAAAAAUCGAUAUACUAAUAUAUCAAA